GAGUGCCUUCAUUUUUGUUGCCGGGGUUCUCCCUCUCAAGAAACAUUGCGUUUGGGUUACAAUGGGCGUCGACGCUCUGCAGAUGCGAGCCCUGGAGACUCUUCCAAGCGAGAAUCGGCCCAAAGACCUGUGUGAACAGCAGCCGCAGGACAGCACCAGCGACCUCAAGUCCGUCGCAGUACCGCCGCCAUCGUUCAACAAGUGGCUGGCCACGGCUGUCGCCGAGGAGGAAGCAGCCAGCAAGAUUCAGCUCUUCUUACGGUACUGUCUGAAACUGCAGCGAUCAGGCAAUGAGUCGGUGCAGCGUACUGUGUCCACAGUGUCCUCGCUCGAUUCGCUUCCCACACUGGGGGAGCAAGAUGAAGACCAUUUGCAGUACGAGAUUUUGCUGUGGUAUGGCUCCAGUGUUGGCUCCGUGAUCUUCAAGUCGUGCGAUAUUACUGGUUAUCCGUGUGUCGAAGUGGCGGAGGGUAACGACUCUUUGCCGGGGAUGUGGAAUCUCCGCGAAGGCGAUUUCCUCAUUUCUAUCAACGAUCGUAGCACCAGACGCUCCGACGUGCCGUUUGACGCGGUGAUGCAGAUUGUGGACAGCGGCGUGCGGCCAGCCGUGCUUCGGCUGCGCAGACCGGCAUCACAUGAGCUGCAGAGUCUCACAAAGAGACCGCGACGUCCGUCGAUAGUGCGCACCGACCGACAAAGAAGCCGAGAGCGGCUGGAGAGGUCCUUGAGCUACAUUAUUUGGAGAGAAGAAGACGGCCCACUUGGAAUUAGCUUAAAGCCCGAACAGGGCAAGUCUUACCCGGUGGUCCAGGACAUGAACAAGUCUGGCGUAGCUGGCCGCGGUGGGAAGCACAACAAAGUGAGUGUAGGCGAUCAGCUGCUGACUAUCAAUCACUACGACGUCUUCCGCUUGGGUUUUGAGAAGAUGUGCCAGGUCAUGAAGGUUGCCCCCAAGCCACUCGUGCUCACGUUUCGUCGAACGUCACCGGAACCUAUGGAACCUCGCAGCCUCGAUCUGUAA